AUGAUUCUGAAGUUAGCCAAGCUAGCGUUUGAACAGCUGAAGCAGGAAAACAUUGUGUUCUGUGAGAAAGAUCUGAAAGCAUGUGGUAUUGAUGUGAGUAAAGAUGCUGAGUUCACAGGAAUGAUCGCUGAGAUCUUUAAGAAGGAAGUUGGACUUUAUAAGACAAAGAUCUUCUGCUUUGUGCAUCUGAGCGUUCAAGAGUUCCUCGCUGCAGUGCAUGUUCAAAAUCUGCUGAAAGGCCUGAUCACACACCCUGAAGACACUACAGAGAGCAUCAGAAAUCUAAGUGCCCACAUUAAAGAAUUACAACAACAGGACAUCUCAGAUGAAGCUUCAGUCAACCUGUUCUACUGCUUACUUGAGCUCAAGGAUAAUUCAUUAUAUGAGGAAAUCCAGAGUUACCUCAGUUCAAAUGAACAUCCAGGAAGAGAUCUCUCAUCUUCAAUGUGCACAGUGUUGACCUACAUACUACUGAUGUCAGAGAAGGUGCUGGAUGAGUUCAACCCAAAGAGGUUCACAUCAGAACAAUCAGACUACAAGAGACUCAUUCCAGCUGGUGUGUUUUUCACACUGGAUCCAAACACAGCAGACACUCGUCUCAUUCUGUCUGAGGAGAACAGAAAGGUGAAGUGGGUGUCUCAGUCUCAGUCGUAUCCUGAUCAUCCAGACAGAUUUGAUGGUGUGUAUCAGCUUCUUCCUCGUAGCCUCAGCACUGCUCUAAACAGGAAGAACCUUGCUGAGAAAAAGAAAGUGAAAGCAGAUUAUGUUUUACAUGCGACGUUUACACUUGAUCAGUCAGUGUUGAAGAUCAAACUGUUCAGAUCCAUCAUGAAUGAAACACAAACAUCUGGAGAUGAAGAGUAUUCUCCAGCCUGCAGCUCAGUUCAUCAGAAGAGAUCAGAAGCAGAGCCCAGCUGUGUGUCUAUGAAGAGUGACUGGUCUAUGGAUCCGCCAAUGAAGUUUAAGAGUGAAGAUUCACAGCCUGGACUCGGUUCAGUUCAUCAGAGGAGAUCAGAAGCAGAGUCCAGCUGUGUGUCUAUGAAGAGAGAGACAUCUGUGAUUCAGUCUUUAGAUUUUAAGAGAGGAGUCCUCGACACACUUAGAUCAAAUCUGCUGAAGAAGUUUGAGUGUCUGUGUGAGGGAGCAGCGACGCAGAGAAACCCAACACUGCUGAAUGAGAUCUACACAGAGCUCUACAUCACAGAGAGUGAGAGAGGAGAGAUCAAUAAUGAGCAUGAGGUGAGACAGAUUGAGACACAAUCCAGGAGAGAAGCAACAGAGGACACAGCCAUCAAAUGCAGUGACAUCUUCAGACCUUUACCUGGACAAGACAAAGACAUCAGAACUGUGCUGACAAAGGAGUCGCUGGCAUUGGAAAAACAGUCUCUGUGCAGAAGUUCAUCCUGGACUGGGCCGAAGGGAAAGAGAAUCAGGACGCCCAGCUCAUAUUUCCACUUCCUUUCAGAGAAAUCAACUUGAUGAAGGACAAAACACCCAGUCUUUCAGAUCUUCUUCACGUCUUCUUCCCUGAAACUAAAGAAAUGGAAAUAUCCAGCAAUGAAUAUAAAGUGUUGUUCAUCUUUGAUGGUCUGGACGAGUGUCGUCUGUCUCUGGACUUUAAGAGUAAAGUGAAUCUGUGUACUAUAUCUGAGUCAGCCUCAGUGGAUGUGCUGCUGAUGAACCUGAUUGUGGGGAAUCU